GUCGGUGGUUUAGAUGCAGCUUGUUUAUAAGAUUGUAGUCUAUCGAUCCUGGAGUCUUCGUCAGUCGUGAUAGACAUUCCACGGACAGGUACAGAACUAACGCGCGCACGGAAAAUCUGAGUGGAAAACUGAAUCUGUGUAUUCUAAGAGCUUGAUUCUACCUAUCCUCAUUCUGUUUUGAAUCUGAGACUGUGCGGAAAAAGAAGAGGUCAAAAUAUAAACAUUUUUCUUCCGCAGGGGUGUUUUUCCAAAGAAGAAAAAUUUCCAUUUAAAAAAAUAUAAAUAAAACAAUCUUUUUUCCACCUUUGUGAGAACCGGAAAUUUUGAGGCAUGUUCGUUUUUCAUCGGGGAAAAUGAUAUUCGGAAUUUGGCACUUCGUGAAAUAUUUGACCUAGAAACUUAUAUAAGGUUUGUAUGGUUAAUUUAUUCGACCGUAGCCAAAAUGAACCAGAGCACCAUUAUGUAUAACGUCACUGGUAACGUCACUGAGAUGACGACAGCGGGGAUCAUGAUCGAGCCGGAUCAAGUCAUGCAGAAAUCAGAACUAGCUGUCCUCUUUAUUGGCCUUUACGUCAUCAUUUUCGUCCUUGGUCUCAGUGGCAACACUCUUGUUGUGUAUGUAGUAGUCCGGAACAAAACCAUGCAGACAAUCACCAACAUAUUUAUCACCAAUCUCGCCGUUUCCGAUAUUCUUAUAUGUCUGUUAUCAAUUCCUUUUACACCACUGGGAUAUUUUCUGAAUUCUUGGAUGUUUGGAGAGGCUUUGUGUCACAUAGUUCCUAUGUCCCAAGCAAUAAGUGUCUAUGUGUCCACACUAACCUCAACAGCCAUUGCUGUGGAUCGUUACUUUGUUAUUGUGUAUCCAUUUAAACCCCGGAUGAAGGUAUUCGUUUGUUUGAUCGUAAUAGUGGCCAUUUGGAUCAUUUCUAUUUCCAUAUCACUUCCACUGGGUAUAUAUAUGGAAUUAUCUCAGAAUGACAAUAACGGAGACUGGAGGUGCAACGAGAACUGGCCACGUGACCAAGCUGGUCAGUUUUUCACCGUCACAAGCCUAGUUCUACAGUACGUUGUGCCUUGUAGCAUUAUAACAUACUGCUAUCUUAAGGUCUCAUUGGCGCUCAAAAAACGCUCCAGGACUAAAAUUGGAAGUGGUUCAAAAUGUCGCGAAAGAGAUGAACUAGAAAUAAGACGCAAACGUCGAACGAAUAGAAUGCUUAUCGCCAUGGUAACCAUAUUUGUGCUUUGUUGGCUAAUGCUCAAUAUUGUCAAUGUGACAGUUGCCUACAAAAAGAGUUAUCAAUACUGUUAUUAUUUUACUCUUAUAUUUUUUAUUGCGCACGUCAUAGCUGUGAGUUCUACAAUUUAUAACCCUUUUCUCUAUGCGUGGAUGAAUGAUAACUUUAGAAAGGAAUUCAAACAAGUGUUGCCUUGUCUAUUCCGAGGAGAUCGGGAACGUUACGUGAACGGAAGUACCACAAACACUCAGUACACCAACGUAGACAAUCAGCCGUCUGUGCUGAUCAACCGAUCACCCCAAAGAGAGUCCGAUGAAAUGAACAACAUGAAAAAACCAAAGGUGUUCUAUGACACCGAAUCGGAGAGAGUCCACCUCAAUCAGCUCAACGCAGACACAACAGAUGAUUCCGUGUGAGCCAAAACUCAUCUUAGGUACGAGUUAUUUAGACACCAUCAUUGUGAGAUAAAACUUAUCGUUGAUUCACUAUGCGUUUACGAGGCGCAAAAACACAACUAAACAGAGAUCUACAAUAGCCCAAGCCAUCUGGUAGUGCCUGUUAAAACGCUGAACAAAGGGAUUGCUUUAGGAAGUGGACUGAUAAUCGGUAUGUCGACGUCACAUUUGCGAGCCACACCCCCCAAAAUAUCAGCAGUUUGCAAAGAUUUACUUAACCAUGAGACAUUGCCAAAUAAGAAAAUGAACUGGAUCUCAAGGCAUGAUGUUAAGUUUAAGUAUUUUUAUAACGCUGCAUAAACCAAACAGCCACGUGGAAAUAGGACUCAAAUUACCCUAGAUAAAGAAAGAACAGAGUAAAAACACAAGUUGAUCAGCGGCAAUUUUAAGUUGUACCAUCACGUAUUUACGAUUUAUUUACAUCUUUUUGUUACUUAUGCUGUGUCUACGUUGCUGAAGCAUUGUAGGUCCCAUUGCUUCACUCCGUAGAACAUUAAAAUAGAAAAUGGUCUUCUGCAUACUGUAUUACGGGAUGUUUGUAGCUCAAUUUCUUUAUAAUUUCAAUAGCUUAAAUUAGGCCUUCUAAACGACAAAACGAAAAACGUGAAGGUUUAAAAAAACUAAUCUAAUUCAGAAAUUGAUUCGAUUUUUUUUAAAAAGGAAUUAACCAAGGCUACAUGCACAUCCCUUUACAGUAUGGUGGAUGAUAAAACUGAAUUCUGUUUGAUAGUUAGGAUAAACUUCUUUUACAAUGUAAAAAUGAAAUAAUUCAGAAAUGAAUGAAUACACAUUCUUAACAGAACCAUGUAUAUUUUUAUUGUGACAUUGAUGUUGUUUAUUUGAAAUAAAUUACUUCAUAUUAAUGUUA